GCGCUUUAUAGUAAGUAGCCUGAAGAUUGACACUGGUGUGUUGGUGCAGGCCAUUCGGCCUGUAAGCUUAAGUCUUGGACUCGGAUGGGGCUGUACAUCACAUGGCCCGGCUACCUGCGUGAUCGGAGAUCAUGUUCAGAAUCGGAACUUUUGUUCAAUGUUCAACUUUGUCGAGAACUGGCCCACAAGUACCACAACCCUGACCGACGUGCUCCUCAGCCCAGCUCGACCUCCCUCAGUCUACAUACACAUAUUCAUGGCUCCAUCCCGACUUGCGCUUGCCGUCGGAUGCGUCGUAGCGACCCUCUCCGCAACUGUUGCCAUUUAUUAUGGCUUGACAGAAUUAAAACCAGCCCAGAAACGAAAACGCCUCCGGAAAAAGUUGCCCCAAACCAUCUACACUUGGAGACGUCCAGAUUUGGUACAAUUGAAAGAGGAGGACCUCUGGAACAGUCUGACUGAUGUUCUGUGCAAUGCCGGCCUAACCCCAUGGAUUUAUACUUACCUUAGCUAUCUUUUGUCGCCAUCAAAGUAUAUUCUUUCCGGCGGGUUUGCGUAUGCCACCGCAACUCGUACCAGUGACGUCCCCGAUGACCCAGGAUCUCUAGAAGAACUCAGCGUAUUCCAAUAUCAGAAUACUCUCAGCCGUAUGGCACAGACGGCAGAUGGACUCGCUGUAGUAGUUCGCGUCAUCGCGGUACGAAAUGAAGGCCACGAACACCUGGCUUUAUUAAGAAAAAUCGCCGCCGGGCCCCUCAGUCUUACUAGUAGCAAUCACUGUCUUCCCAUGUUUCGAGAAAUAUCUUUUGAGGAUGUUGUAUUUGGCGUUUUCCCCAAGACUGGCGGUUGCAUGGACGAAGCAUUUGGAGCCUGGGCAGAGAAUUCAGUCGGAGACGUUCUCGACAUGAUCCUGCAAACGUUGGAGGGGCUUAUUUUUCUGCAUGACUUGAAUAUCGCACAUCGAGACAUGUUCCUCUCAAAUAUACUCAUUCAAUGGCACCCAGAGUCCCUCCGCACCAUGACGGUUCCGAUUAGUAGACCACGAGUGUACAUCAUUGAUUUUGAGUUCGCGGUUGAGUUCCCUCCGGACUGUCCCGCGGAAGACCGUGUCUCGGUCGGGUAUCCACUAUGCAAAUGGUAUCCGUCAACCGGGUACAGCAGACCUGCUCCACCAGAAGUGGAAUGUGGCAAGCCAUAUUGUCCGUUCAAGCUCGAUGUUUGGCAAUUGGGAGUAGUGUUUACGGAUUGGAGUUUCGCAACGACGAUUCCGGCGAUUGAUGAGGUCUUGGAAGAUAUGAAACUAUCUGAUCCGGCUAUGCGUUUGAGUGCGAAUGAGGCAUUGAAAAGACUUAGCGAGCUCGUGAACAACAUGUCGCCGGCUUCCUUAAUGAUUCCUCCUCACUUCAAAUUCCCUGGAGAUCCAUAGCGAUCGCAAGGUUGCAUGCCGUACCUUCUACUACACGCUUGAUAUAACAAUUUGAAAGGUUUUGUGUCAUCCUGCAUUUUUCUGUUCAAGUUAUUUCUAGUUACGGUAAUCAACUACCCAAAUACGGCUAGCACUUCGUUGUGCGGUUUCAGUAAGAGCGAGAGAGGUGCAAAAAUGAGGAGAAAAAAAUGAAACAAGGUGAAUCGUAGUAAUCAUAUUUGGUGGAUCAGUACAAGGUUCAUUAAAACAGUCAAAGAUGACUCGAAUCAGAAGUAGCAGGCAUAGUGAGGUAAUCCGAGUUAGUGUGGCGGCCCAGUGGCGCUGACUGGCAGG